CGUCAACCCUGCGCGGACAAGCCCCGCCCGGGCCCCCCGCCUUCUUGAGCCCCGUCUUCCUGCCUCUUCCCCGGGGUCCCAGGAAUCCGCCUCCUUUGGAAAUGUGGGCAUCUGAAUUCCACCCUAAUUUCCUGCAGGGGACCCAGCGGUCUGGUCACGCUGUGCCUUCCUUCUUGGGGACAAAGGAAUCGAAUGACCUCCCUCACCCUUCCUCCGAGAGAGCCCAGCUCUCUGACCUUUAAUCCAGUGCCACGACCGAGGAACCAGACCUUCAGCCCCCAGCCAGGAGUGCCGCGCCCCGGCCCCGCCUCACUGAAGGGUGUGGCUGGCGAAGCCCUGUCACCCCCACCACCCCCAGCCCGCCAAAGUCCCAGGUGUCUCCAGCCCUCUUCCCCGUGCAACCUUGGGGCCCGGCCCUCAGCCCUUCCCUGUAGGGGCCAGGCGUGCUACCUGCAGAUCCCCCCCACUCAGGAGUCCCGUCCCACCGCCACCCACCGAAGCCACCCCACCCUGCUCUCUCAGGGGAAUCAGACUUCCGAGUCUCACCUCUAGGGGACCCAGGUGCCCUCUUUGGAAACCCGGACGUCUGCUGGUGUCCCCUCUCCAGUUCUCCAGGGCCCGCCCCCGAUCUCCCCCGCCCCGUCCCGCCCCUUACCCUGGGCCGGACCGCGCCCGGACCUCCCUCCCCGGGCACCCGAGGGACCCAUGGCUGCGGCGGCGGUCCCGUGGAGGCGACAGCGGGAAGAGCCCCGCGCGCUCGGCCGGGCCGUGAGGCUGCUGCAGCGCCUGGAAGCGCAAUGCGGGGACCUCCGGGUCACCUCGAGCCCCCCGUCGCUGCGGGACCUGCUGCCCCGCACGGCGCGGCUGCUGCGCGAGGUGGCCCACGCCCGGCGGGCGGCGGGCAGGGGCGGCUCCGAGGGUCCCGGCGGCGCCGGGGACUUCCUGGUCGUCUACCUCUCCAACCUGGAGGCCAAGAGCAGGCAGGUGGCCGCGCUGCUACCACCUCGCGGCGGGGCGGGUGCUGAUAGCGAGCUUUUCCAGGAGGGCUCCAGACUCAGGCGACAGCUGGCCAAGCUGGCCCUCAUCUUCAGCUACAUGCACGCGGAGCUGGGAGCACUCUUCCCCCAUGGGGAGUACUGUGGCCACACCUACCAGCUCACCAAGGCUCCCGCCCACACCUUCUGGAGGGAGCGCUGUGGGGACCGGUGCGUGCUGUCCUGGGCUGCAUUUGAGUCCCUCUUGUGCACCUGCCACCCCAUCGAGCCGGGCUCCACGGCCCUGGCCUUGCGCUCCACCAUCGACCUCACCUGCAGCAGCCACGUGUCCGUCUUUGAGUUUGACAUCUUCACCAGGCUCUUCCAGCCAUGGCCAACACUCCUCAAGAACUGGCAGCUCCUGGCGGUCAACCAUCCGGGCUACAUGGCCUUCCUCACGUAUGAUGAGGUCCGUGCACGCCUGCAGGCCUACAGGGACAAGCCAGGCAGCUACAUCUUUCGUCCCAGCUGCACUCGCCUGGGACAGUGGGCCAUCGGGUACGUGAGCUCAGAUGGCAGCAUCCUGCAGACCAUCCCUCCAAACAGACCCCUUUUCCACGUGCUCCUGGAGGGACAAAAAGAAGGCUUCUACCUCUACCCAGAUGGGAAGAACCACAACCCGGACCUGACUGAGCUCUGCCAGCUGGAACCGCAUCAGCACAUCCACGUGUCGGAGGAGCAGCUGCAGCUCUACUGGGCCAUGGAUUCCACCUUCGAGGUCUGCAAGAUUUGUGCUGAGAACGACAAGGACGUGAAGAUUGAGCCAUGCGGGCACCUGCUCUGCAGCCGCUGCCUGGCUGCCUGGCAGCACUCGGACAGCCAGACCUGCCCCUUCUGCCGCUGCGAGAUCAAGGGCCGAGAGGCCGUGAGCAUCCAUCAGUUCCCGGGGAGGCCGGCAGAAGCCAGGGCCACUGCUGAGGGCUCAGAGGACAUCAGUGACCUGGGAGACGAGGAGGGGGAGCCAGAGCAGGUGGUCUCCUCUGCUCCCCCACUGCCACCUCGGCUGGCUCUGUCCCCCAGGGGACCCAGAAGUGGAGGUGGACUGAAGGUGAAACUCCUAAAGGGAAAGUACCCCCUCCAGCUGCCUCUGUGGGGGCCCAUGAUCGCUGCCCAGGCCUGGAGGCCAGGGCACCAAGAUGUGCUGCUAAAGGGAGCCCCAGGGGCUGGAAGGGGUUUGUGAAGCGGAAAUAAACUGCCAAGCCUGGGCGAUUUUCUGGUGUGUGGAGAAAGAGCACAGCGGCCACCAGGGGGCAGCUUGGCAUUGGGAACAGACGGCCCCCGAGGCCUGAUCCUCACUCACUCACCCCAGGAGUCCGGGUCCCUAGAGAGCCAAGAGUGAAAGAUCCGGUUCCUCUGGACCAGGAGUCCAUCCCUCAGGACAGAAAUCCAGAGUUCCAGGCUUCCAGAGAAUCAGGGCUCCAGUCCUGUCCCUCCUCCACAGCCCCACUCCCCAGCUGAACCAUGGCAGAAAAAUUCCUAGACCUAGACUCAGAUAUCCAAGUCCUAAAUCCCUAUUCAAAGAAGACCCCACAUUUGCUUGAGAGUUAUGCACCCAGUCUGGCCGCCCCCACCCUCAUCCGUCUUUCUUCCAGUCUCCUCUGGGAUCCUUCUCCCAGACUGACAACUUCCAACCUAGAUCGAGCUGAAGAAGUAUUUUCUGCCUCAUCGCUAGUUGGAAGGACUAUGCCUCCCUCCACUUCCAUUUAAAUCCAUCCGUAUUCCCUGAGCCUCUGCCUUGAGCCCUUGCCCUGGGCCGGGCAGUGCUGGGAACACGGCAGGGAUCCCAACAGCCCCUGCCCCACUUUCACAGGCUCACAGUCCACUGGGGGAGACAGACCCAUCCCUAGUGUUGACCCAGAGUGGACAGAGCCAGUGGGGCGGGGGGGUGGAACUAAGAGGCUGCGGGAGCCCAGAGGGAGUGACUGACCCAGCCUGGGAAUCAGGGAGGACUUCUUGGAGGAGGGGACAUUAAAGCUGAGACUCAAAAGAUGAGAAAAAGGAUAUACCAGUUUAAAGGGAGUGUGGAAGCAUGCAUCAGAGAUUUAGUUCCCAAGCACUGGAAACCACCUCUGGGGCAGAAAGGGAAUUUAUUGAAAGGAUUUUGGGUCACUCACAGAAUCCCGGGAGUGAUUGGAGAACCAGGAUUAGAAAAUAACCAAGAACACAGGCAGCCGGCCAGCACCGGGAACCCAGCCACCCUCACGCCGUCAAACCGGUCUGAUGAGAAGAGACCGGUGCCCCCGAUGACCACUGGACAGACACUGCACCUGCCUGGCCAACUCUGAAACAGCUGCUUUUCUCAUGAGCCAUUGCUCGUAACAAAUUACUCCAAAGUGCCAUGGCUUAAAACCCGCAACAGUCAUUUUAACACCAUGGUUUCUGUGAGCCAGGAUUUUGGGAGGGCACCUUUGGGUGUUUUGGCCCAGGGUGCGUCUUGCAGUUGCAAUCAAAGGGUGGCUGGAGCUGCUGGAGCCACUGGGGGCCGGGCAGGCACCCCACUGGUCUCAGAGUCUCCCCACGUGGUCUCCACGUGGUCUCCCUGUUUGCUAGUUUGGGCUUCCCCAGGCCAUGGUGGCCUCAGGCAUUCUGCUUAAAUAGUGGCUGCAGACUUCACGCAGAGGAUUCCAGAGAAACAGGCCAAAGCUGCGUGGUCCUCUUGAUAUUUUUAAAAAUUGUUAUUGCAAUAACAUAUAUAGAACAUAAUGUCCAUUUGAACCACUUCCAAGUACACAACUUGGUGGUGGGAACUACAUUCACGAUGUUGAGCUGCUAUCACCAGCAUCCAUUACCAAAACUUGGCGUUCGCACCAGAGAUUGCAUUGCCAUGAAGUCUUAUGCAUGGUCUUUUCUGACCUGAUUCUGCAAG